UUAUUUUAAAGAGCGCUCAGCUCCUCUUUCGGUUCUCUAAUAUGACCAAGGGGGCAACUUGUCCCGUUCACUAGACAAUUCUCUUCGCCUAUUAUUGUUCUGGUUUCACAGAUUCAUUAUCUGACGAGGCCUUCAAAUCUGCUUGGCGCAAUUACACAAUUAAACAAAUAUUCAGAUCAAACGAAGACAAAAGUUUGCGCUAACAAUACGAGAUCCGUGGCAUCUUCCCAUUGCGAUUGCAGAGGCGUGGAUUGUGCAAUUCAGAAUGGGUUUUUUCGUCACAACGCUUAUCUUCCUCCUCAGCGGAAUAUUGGCCUCGCUGUUGGUGAGGCUUUGUUACAACAAGGGUCCUUCUGCCAACCUGUUGCAUUUUACUUUGGUCACCACUGCUACAGUGUGCUGUUGGAUGAUGUGGGCAAUUGUCUAUUUAGCACAACUAAAACCUCUGGUUGUACCUAUAUUGAGCGACACUGAAUGAGAAAAUUGGAAGACAUAAAUAUGGCGGCAGCACUUUUCACUUUAAUACAUUUGGCUGUCUGAGUGGAUGCACUAUCAUCAUAUUCAAGUUUAUGCUGCAGUAGGUAAAUUCACAAGUUCAACAAGUGCAGAAGACUGCCAAGCUCUUAUUGUGGACAGUCCUCAAUUUAUUGUGUUUAAUUUUACUUUUAUUCCCCGUGACUAUAUUGGUAGUUCUAUAGUUCAAAGAUUUCCUUUGCUUACUUGAUAGGAGAAAACAAAAUUUUUUUUUAUGUUCAAUUGUGUAUUGAUCUUAAUGUAUUAAUUAUUCAUGGCGCCGCAUUGUUUA